UGCCCUGGCUUUGCCUCGUGGACGUGGCCGCAGUGCCAGUGGGAGCUCCUGGCCGAGUCCGAGGGGCGACUGGCAUCCUCCCCCCACCCUCACUGUGCCUCCCCCAGGAAGGUGGUGAGGAGGGUGAGCCUGACCCAGCGCACCAGCCUGUACCGCAAGGAGCAUGCCCAGGAGGCCAUCGUGUGGCAACAGCCACCGCCUGCCAGCCCGGAGCCGCCCGAGGAGGACGAGGAUGGCCAGACGGACGCGGAGCUGCGACCCACGCCCAGUUUGGAGGACGAUCUUGAGUCGGCCAGGCCGCACAAUGGCCGGGUUGGAGGCAGCCCAGGGCGGCACCUGUAUUCCAAGCGGCUGGACCAGAGCGUCUCCUACCAGCUGAGCCCCCUGGAGAGCACCGCCCCCGAUGCCCUGGUCCGGGCCAAGGCCCAGCACACGCUGGCGGAGCUGAAGCGCCAGAGAGCCGCUGCUAAGCUGCAACGUCCCCUGCCUGAGGGACCCGAGGGACCCGAGGGACCCGAGCCUGGCCUGCCUGUGGACGCUGAGAGCCCCCAGCCGCAGUGCCGCUCCGGGGCUGGUGGAGAUCCGCCCCUGCUGAAGCUCACAGCGCCCUCAGAGGAAGCCCCCAUGGAGAAGAGGCCUUGCUGCCUGCUCAUGUGAGGGGCUGGCCGCCAGAGUCACAAAGUCCUGUUGUGGGGCCCGGCCAGAGGCUGCCGUGGGGCCCCUGCUCUGGGGAACCCAGUGUGUGCCCUGGUGCUGCUGCUGGGGGAUAGGCAGUGCAGGGCCUCCCCUGUUCCCCCCUUCUAGGGUGCCAGCAUCCUCGCUCAGGGAUGAACGUCUAGCAGAAGCCCUCCUGGGGGGUCCUGGCUACAGAGACCUAGUUUGAUUGUGUGACUCUUGAUAAAGGGCUGUUCUGCCACCGGCCUUGUUGUGUGUGUCAGCUGGGCCACUGUCCUGGGCGUGGGGAGCUGUUGUGUUGCUCUUCUGGGUGUGCCCAUCCCUGUUCGGGGCCUGUAGGUGCUUGCUUGUGGCUGCCUGGCCCUGCGUGGGAGUGAGGCCCACGGCCACUGGGCAAGAAGCCUGGCUUGUUGUGCACCCGCCUUCCUGCCUUCCCAGCCUCCUGGAGGCUCCUCUGUAACUCUUUGCUUUCCUGAGAGGAACAGGGAGCUUUGGAAGGACAUUCCUUGGGGGUCAGGGCUGGAGGUAUCCACACCAGAGGGGCAGGGAUCCUGGCUUGGAAGGGGAGGGGGCUUUCCACAAGAUUCUUGAGCCACAGAGGGGAGAGUCUGCACAAGGCUGGAGUCAGAAACCUCCCUGGGGGGUGAGUCCCCCGUUCCUGGCACAUAGCCCUGAUCCUGGGGCCUGGCUGCCAGCCUCUGCCUGGGCCGGCAAAGGGGGCCAGUGGUUGGCCGCCCAGAUUCUGAGCUGGCUGGGCACAAUGUGUCAGGGUGACAGGGGCCCCUUAGGGGCCUCGAGUGGGAGGGCCGAGGGCACUGCUGCCCUCUGUCCAUGGUGGGCAGCUCUGCAUGGCCACCAGUGCUGGGUCACCUUCCCCUCCCCAGUGAGUUCUGACCCAGUCAGCCCCGUGUCUGCAGGGCCCACACUUUCCUGAGCAUCACUGGUUGGAGGGGUGUCCUCAGCAGGGCUGGGGAGGGCAGGGGAUAGGCUGUGGGUUAAAUUUAGCGUGUGGGGCGGUGCAGCUGCCACGGUCCACCUGCUAACACGGCUGCCG